AUGGGGCGAAAAAAGAAGAAGCAGAUGAAGCCAUGGUGCUGGUACUGUAAUCGAGACUUUGAUGAUGAAAAGAUCCUCAUUCAGCAUCAGAAGGCAAAGCAUUUUAAAUGCCAUAUUUGUCACAAGAAGUUGUACACAGGCCCAGGAUUGGCUAUUCAUUGCAUGCAGGUACACAAAGAGACGAUUGACAGUGUUCCAAAUGCAAUUCCUGGAAGAGUUGACAUUGAGCUGGAGAUCUACGGUAUGGAGGGGAUUCCAGAGAAAGACAUGCAGGAAAGAAGACGAACAUUAGAACAGAAAUCACAAGAGAGUCAAAAGAAGAAGUCAAAUAAUCAGGACGACUCUGAUGAGGAUGAGGAUGAUGAUGAUGAAGCAGGACCAUCAGUUCCGCAGCCGGCUGUUGUCCAGCCCCAGCAAAGCUACGCUGCUCCAAUGGCCCAGCUUGGGAUGCCUCCUGUGGCUGGCGUACCUGGGAUGCACCCUGGAGCAUAUCAAGGCAUGCCUCCCAUGAUGCCAGGCGUUCCUCCCAUGAUGCACGGCAUGCCCCAUGCCAUGCAUGGAAUGCCACCUGGCAUGAUGCAAAUGGGUGGAAUGAUGCCUCCCAUGAUGCCAGGGAUGCCUGGUAUGCCACACGGAAUGCCCCAUCACAUGGCUCCCAGGCCAGGGAUGCCCCACAUGGCCCAGGCAGUCGGACUGAUGGCCAGCCGACCGGCGGUCCCAGGGGUCCAGCCCGCCGUCUCCAAACCUCUUUUCCCCAGUGCAGCGCAGGCCCAGCAGAGCACUUCAGGAGUUCCAGCUUCAAACCCUCACGGUGCCGUCUCCUCCGACCCUCCCAAAGCAACAUUCCCUGCCUACACCCAGCCCUCUGUCUCCUCUUCCACUUCUUCUAAUCCCUCUAGCGGCGCUGUGGCCAAACCCCCGGCCACAGUGGCCACCAAGCCCGCCACCCUCACCACCACGAGUGCAACUAGUAAGUUGAUCCAUCCUGAUGAGGAUAUCUCACUGGAAGAGAUGAAGGCACAGUUGCCUCGUUACCAGCGUCUCACGGCCCGGCAGGGUCAGGCCCAUGUGGCUGCCCCCCCGGUGGUGUCUGUGGGCGGGAUAAUGCCCCCACAGCAAGGAAUGCCACCACAGCAGCCCGGCAUGAGGCAUCCCAUGCAUGGUCAGUAUGGCGCCCCUCCUCAGGGCAUGCCCAGCUACAUGCCUGGGGGGAUGCCUCCUUAUGGGCAGGGUCCUCCUAUGGUGCCCUCUUACCAGGGAGGCCCUCCCAUGGGCAUGAGGCCGCCCGUCAUGUCUCCGGCAGGACGCUACUGAAGCAGCAAAGCAGCCACCACAUUAGGUUUGAGGUUCACACCUUUCUCUCAUCCUUGUGCUUUUUCAAACCUAGCUGCAAGCAAAGAGCAGUAAGACCAGUGGCGGUGAAGACAAACGUUGUUUGUUAGAACUAAUGGACAUUUAAUGUAACAUCUUUAUUGGAAACAGCCAAACACCACUCAACUUCCUGAAAGUUAUGUCGUUGUCAUUUGAUUACAUGUGAGGAUAUAUUUUCUCCCCCUUAGGUUUCACUCAGGUUUAUAGAGGUGAAGUGUUAAAAUGAUUCAUAUUUCUUUUGAAGCUGCUGGAGUUACAUGAACGUACCAACCCCUUACAAAGGCAAGUUUCUCUUGUAAACAUUUGAUUUUUUUUUUCUUUCGGUAGCUUGAUUGAGGCCCUCACAGCAUGCUUAGGUGCUGUUGGACUUGCGUCCCCAACCUUGGUUGGUGAGGGUCUCAGUGAUGAAGAUGAUUCCAACUAAGUAGUGUUAUAAAUUCAUGACUCAUCAGUCUCUAGCUUUAUCCUUAUUUCAGGUUUGUUUUUAAUAUUUUCUGGUUAAAAGGGUACCUGUAUGCAUCCUUUGUAAUGUUUUAUGAAUCUGUUGUAAUAAAAUACAUCUUGAAAUCCAA